GUAGGCGAGAAUUAAAAGCACUUGAGUUGAGAAGGGGAACAUAACGCCAGGUUUCUUUUUGGUGUAACGUUAUACUUGUGUGAACGGGUUAGAAGGUUUAAACUGAUUAUUUUGUGUGUGUGUGUUUGUGUGUGUGGUGUUGUUGGGAAGAGUUGUUUAUGUUGUGUGUUUGUGGCUGGGGAAGCUGAGGAUAAGCUUUGGGGGUAAUGUUGUCUUUCUUAAAAGCAGUGUGUGUGUGUGUGUGUGUGUGUGUGUGUGUGAAGUUACAGUAAUUAGUUACAGUAAUAAUGAUAGGAUUUAUGUUCACAUUAGAAGGUGAAUGCACAUUAAUGCUGGUCAGUAAGUGUAAAUAAGGGGCAUUUAGGUGUAGGAAAUAUGACAGCUUAUAUAAGAUUGCAUGAUUGGGGUUCGUAUUUUAGUUUAAACUUUUCACCCUAACCGAGUGUGAAAUCUGCACCAAAACAAAAACAAAAAAUCCGUAAUUUUUGUUUGCAUCACGCCAAAGUGGUUAUUAAUGUAAUGCCCUUUGAGAGUGAGUAAUAGAGAAUCUAAUGCAGUAAGAGUGAGUAGAGUGUGUAUUUAUUUAUUUAUAGCAGCGCUCGUGCGUAAAGCGCCAUGGCGGACUCGGUGAAGACGUUCCAGGCGCAUCUGACCGCCGUGAUGGACAGCCUGGUGCGCGCCUCCGUGUGCGAGAUCACCAAGCUGUUCGAGGACACGGUGAACGACUACCUGGUGGAGAUAUCGCUCAACCGGAAGGAGAACGAGGCUCUGAAACUGCGCCUGAGGCUCACCGAGAACAAGCUGAAGAACGAGCGGAAGUACGGGCUCGCCUGGGCGGCCAGUCGGCGCGCAGCCGGCCUGCUCGGUCCUGAUGAGACCGGCUGUGCAAAAAAGCGCAAGCUGGAAUCUAGAGGCAAGCAGGCCAAGGAGUGGAGUGGUGGCGCGUGGGAGGAGGGGGUUGGAGGAGUGAGAGACGAGAGGAGGGAUGAGAGGAGGGACGAGAGGAGGGACGUGGGCCGCACUCAUCCGCCAACCGCAGGGGAAGGAGAGGAGCAGGAGGAGGAGAGGAGACACGUCUCCGGGGAGAGAAAGGAGGUGGCCACCGUUAAGGAGGAGGAGGACAUCUACCGGUGUGAAUCAGUGAGGCUGCUGCAGGAGGCGCUUCAGAUGAACCAGACUGAAAGCAACACAGCACAACAAGAAGAUUUGGAGCCUGUCCCAACCGCUCCUGGACCUGCGGUGGGUGAAGCGUGGGAGCAGCCCAGUCUCUCAGCCGAACCCACAAACAGCAGCGACGAGUUCAGCGGCCUAGAAACUGCCUUAAAGGUGGAGCGCGAGAGGGAGGAGGCGGAGACUGCGCUGACCAGCCCGUCUAAUGCAGUGGACAGAAGCGACAGCGUGGAGUUCAUCGGGCUGGACGGUUUGUGCAGCUCUCAGCAGGACGCUGCUUCCUCAACACAUGAAGCCAACCCUGCUGAUAUAGGCUGCGGGAGCCAGGGCGACGACGAGGGGGAGGAGUCAGGACGAGAGGGCGAGGACUUGCUGCAUUUCUGUCCUCAGUGCGGCGGCGGAUUUAACUCUGCAUCCGACCUGGCUGAACACGUGUGUCCGCUAGCAGAGGAACGUUUCCCGUGUUCGGCGUGCGGCCGGGCCUUCAGUCACGCCUGGAGCUUAAAGAGCCAUGAGUGCAUACAGGCGGGCGAGCAGCCUCAUCGAUGUGAACUCUGCGGGAAACGGUUCACACACUCGCGCUCCCUCGAGCGCCACCAGCUGGUACACACAGGCGAGCGACCACACCAGUGCCCACAAUGCGGACGCAGUUUCAGCCGCCUGGGCAACCUAGAGCGACACCAGCGCAUCCACACUGGCGAGCGACCGUACGAGUGCGGCGCGUGCGGCAAACGCUUCAGUCGCAUCGAGUACCUCAAACGGCACCAACAGAUCCACAGCGGAGAGAGGGGAGACCGGAACCAGGCGCUCAGUGACACAGAGCUGAAACGCAAUCAAUGCUUCUCCAGCGCCUGAUGAACUGCUUAACACUUGACCUAAUUCUCCAUCCAGCUUUAAAGACCAACGAUCUGUAGUCCCUGAAUGUCCUCAGAUCCUCCAAGCUGAUUAUUUUCCCACACCAUGAUAUCAUGCAUAUCUCACAGGACUGCACUGUUUAUCGAUCAUUGUUACAGGAUUAGCUUCUGCAACACUCAUACUGGAGAACGCAAAUGAGCACAAACUGAUUUAUUUUAUUUAUUUCUUUUAAUCUGUGAGCCUCCUGGCAUCGCAGAGCUUCCUGAUAACAUGGAAUCCGUGGGUGUGAUUCGGAAGAACGAGGCUUUGGUGCGAUCCGUACACUAUUAAUUAUUUGCUGAUUUGGCGCGUCGGUGUUUGAAUAUCAAUGAAUACAAACCUUUUUAAAAGUAACACAUGAAUUUGUUAUUUACAAAAUAUAUUGCCAGUCACAUGUAGAGAUAUAUUCGUUAAUCUAUCUUUUUGUCCAUAUUGUACAGCCCUAAUAUGCUAUCUUGUCCUGACUCUAAACGUUCAUGCUCUGUCGGGAAAGGACCGCACUUCUUGCACAAACAUGUCAGUGAAAGUAUAUGUGUAUAAUGUUAUGCUUGAAGAAGAAGAAGAAGAAGAAGAAGAAA